AUGGCUCUCAAGGGGGUGCGUAGGAUCAGUGUUAUUGCCAUCUCCCAGGUCCUGACUGGUAAGACUGGAACUGGGAUGAAGAUAGUGAGGGUAGCAGGUGCAUCCAGUUUUAAGAGCAGAUAUUUAAGCAGAACAUAUGCAACACUAACUCAAGAACAGAAGGAGAAGAUAGCUAAAGGACCUAGCCUGUCUGACUUCAUUGAAGGUGAAUUUGAAGUGGAUGAAGAGACUCAUGGCUACGAAGGAACUUUGAAGAAAGAAAAGGGUAUCAAAAGGUUGCGUCUUCCACCAUGGCUGAAGACUGAGAUACCUAUCGGGAAGAGCUACAGUGGUAUUAAGAAGAAUCUUAGAAACCUCAAUUUACAUACAGUAUGUGAAGAAGCCAAGUGUCCUAACAUUGGUGAAUGCUGGGGCGGAGGAGAGCAUGGUACAGCUACAGCUACAAUCAUGAUUCUAGGGGAUACCUGCACGAGAGGCUGUCGAUUCUGCUCUGUCAAAACAGCAAGGAAGCCUCCACCACCCGAUCCUAAUGAACCAGUGAACACGGGUGCAGCCAUCGCAUCCUGGGGAGUAGAUUACAUAGUUCUUACAUCAGUUGAUAGAGAUGAUUUACCUGACGGUGGGUCAGCGCACUUUGCUGAAACUGUGAGCGAGAUCAAAAGACAGAAUCCUACCAUCCUGGUGGAGUGUCUUACCCCAGACUUCAGGGGAGACUUAGAGGCAGUGGAGAGGGUAGCAGUAUCGGGACUAGAUGUUUAUGCUCACAACGUCGAGACAGUCAGCAAGUUACAAAAAUUUGUCCGAGACCCUAGGGCCAAUUACAAGCAGUCUUUGACAGUCCUGGAACAUGUCAAGAAGAUCAGACCAAAUGUAUUCACUAAGUCUUCUAUCAUGUUGGGAUUAGGAGAGACCGAUGGUGAGGUCUUUCAAACACUUAAAGAUUUACGAACUGCAGGAGUCAGUUGCCUGACGCUAGGUCAGUACAUGCAGCCCACCAAGAGACAUCUCAAAGUCGCGGAGUACGUGACCCCCGAAAAGUUCAAGUACUGGGAGAAGGUUGGGAACAAGCUGGGCUUUGCUUACACAGCGAGUGGUCCGCUAGUACGAUCAUCUUACAAAGCAGGGGAAUACUUCUUAACCAACAUGGUGAAAGAGAAGAGGAGAGAAAGCACCAUUUCGUCAGCAUCGACUGUGAGGAUAGGAGAAACCGAGGAAACGCGUUUAUGAACCUUCGCACGAUCUAGUAUCCUUACUGUUUUUAAUUUCUACAUUAAUGUUGUUUCUUGAAUUUCAUCCUGAUAAUGGACACUCACCACCCCCCCCCCCCACAAGUGCAGAAUCUCCAUUGGAACUCCUAUCAAUGAACAUUGGUGGACUGCAGUCAGUUGGUCCAAUACCAUUUGGUCUACAUUUGACAAAAUGGCUGAAAUGCAUGAAUUUCAUUUUUUUAAUGGUUCCUGAUGACUUUUCUUUUAAUGAUCAGGUGUGAAAUAAUUUGUCUAUUGAUAUACAAAAGGUACAGUAAAAACCAUUUUCAAUUUUCGGAGAAAAUGACAUUUCAUUGAUUUUUUACCAUUCGCCAUGUAGAAAUGCUGCUCGCAUACAUGUAUGACGUCACAAAUUAAUAAUUAAAAUUCUAAUAACUUUAAUUCUUUGAUGGAUUUUUCUCAAAACUUUGGCAAUAUUUUUUAUCAUUUUUUGUGCUAUUUUUACAAUAAAUGUUUUGUCAGGGUGAACUUCCCCAUUAAGCAUUUUACUAAAAAGAGUUGCAAUUCACCCAGUAGAGCUACUAUUUUAAUAGUGUAGAAGUUUUUACUGGAUGAGAGAGAUAUGUGGAUCAUUCCCUCAUCUUUGAAUAAACAAUAAAGAUGUAACUGAAUACAAAUAAGGUAUACAUGAUGUUAGAUGGUUUGCAUGGUGGUAUGGGCAAUCACGGAAGCGGUCUAUACGGUACAUGUGGUGGGUCCUAGAAGAAUUAUGAAAAGUGGUUAGAGGUAGGAGUGAAACAGAGAGGCAAGAUAUUGGAAGGUUAAAAGGUAUUACUAAUCUUUUGAGAGAUUGGAGUAGUCCUAAGAAGUACUGUAAACCAGAAAAGGUGAGAGACUUAAGUCGUUGGAGAAAUGACAAAAUGCUGGACUAAGAUGGACAGUCAACCUGCCAGAAGUUUGGAGUCUUCUCUCCAGACCUGCUAGAGCUACAUUGUACAACUCCACUCGACUCUCCUUUUCGCUUCUCCCUCUAUCCACUUCUUAGUCCAUCUAGGACUCACCGUAUGGUGUACUGCAGAGAUGUAGACGAGGCUUGUACUUCCAAGUCACGAGGCCGGUGGAGAAAACCUCCCAUAGACUCUGUACACGUGACUCGGGCCGAGGCCAAGGCCGGUAAAAUGUGGCCUCAAGGCUGGCCUUGUACGGUAAACCUCUUCCACUAAAGGAAUAGUCCUGUGGCUGACAUUCAUCAUUUCAAUCAAUCUAAUAUACAGAACUUGUGAUCAAUGUCAUCUAUGGAAGGCUAAUGAUGAAAUAAUUCUCAAGUAGAGUCCAAAUUUCUGAGGAUUGCAGUCUGAAAUGCUUAUCAUUGUAGAUAAUUAUUUGCACCUUAAAACAACUGAUUAUUAAAGUUUACUGGUCACUGCUCAAAUUAAGGUUUUGGAAUGAUGUCGUGUCUGUUUAUAGUUCAUUUUGGGAUUGCAAUGACACUUUAUUACAGUAUUUGUCAAAUACUUGGAUGUUUUCAAUGAUUCUUAUAUUUUUUUCUAUUUUGUUCAACCAUAUUUCCUGUUCAUGAUACCGUUUGAGCUAUACCUUUAACAUAUAUAUAUAAAUGAAUUGAAAUUUGAAUGUAUGAAUUAUAUUUUUCCGCUAUUUAUUUAUUUCCCAAUAGAAUAUAAGCAUAGGUUUGAUUUGGAAUCAACUUUCAACAGUUUCUGCACCAUAUUCUUUUCAUGUAAUCAUCUUGUAUAAUUAGAAUGCACAGUACAUGUAUAUGCUACAUGUAUAUUGCACCUCAAACCAUCUAUACAUGUACUGUAGUUUGACCUAUGCAUGCAUCUAUGUUACUGAUUGUUUAUGAGUUGCAUAAACUGCAGUGCUAUCUGUGUAACUUACAAAUUGAAAUUGAAUCUAUUCUUUGUGGGAGAUGGGGAAAUACUUUCACUUUUCAUACGUAAGUCAAUGAUAGAUACUUCAUAUCAUCAGCUGAUUAAUUAACUGAAGGAGGGCAUUUAUAUAUCAGGAUUAAAGGACAACCAAACAUGUGGAAUACAUUAGUUUUUGUAAUCUGUGUGAGGGCAGAAAUAUAAAGAGACAACAGAAUGAUAGAAUUUCGACUAAAAAAUCAAAGAGAUUAAAUUGUUUAAAAUUUGUCUUAACUUUAUCUAUAUAAACAUAUUGCUUUGAUCAAACACGUUAUUUGCCAAUACUGCAGCAAAUUUGACUCUUAUGAUUUAGAUUAGAUUUGAAUUUGCUACAGCCGGGGUAUUAUUAUCCAGGUGGGUCUUUCAUAAAGAUGUUCGUAAGUUAAGAGCGACUUUAAGAACAACUGGUGAUCCUUUCUUCUGGUAAAUGAUUUCACCAUUAAAUGUUCAUUGGUGAUUAUUUAGCGCAUAAGAAAGGAUCACCAGUCGUUCUUAAAGUCGCUCUUAACUAACAAACAGCUUUAUGAAAUGGCCGCCAGGUCCUUGGAAGUGCAUCUAUAGAGCCAUGAUGUAAUGAACUGUUUUAAAAACAGUGAAAGAACUGUUUUUAUAAUUAUUUAUUAUUAUUCAUUAAUAUCAAGUUGUAUCUUGCUAUUAAAGAUCAGAUAUGGUCUUUAUAUCUCUUAUCUGUUACUUCCGAUUCUAAUAAUAAAACCUUUCGGUUUAUUUACAAUUUCGCUUUCAUUGGAUGCACUGCAUAUCUCAUGCAUUAAAGAGCACUUUCUCACAGGGGUGGUGACAGAGCAGGUCAGGGCCCUGUUGCAUAAAAGUUACUAUUAUGGUAACUUUACCACCCAAUGGUAACUACCAUGGUAACGCUCAUCAACAGCCAAUCACAAUCAAGGAUUCCAUGCACGUUACCAUUGGAUGGCAAAGUUACCAUAAUGGUAACUUUUAUGCAACAGGGCCCAGGAGGGAAACAAACAGCCUCCUAAUGUUUUCCAAAUAGUGGGGGGGGGGGGAGAAGGAAAAAGUGAUAAACAGAGGAAGAAGAGAAAAGAAAGAAGAAAGCAAAGUAUCAUUCACAGAUGUCUGCAUUAUGUAGCUCUAUAGUAUCCCUGUAAUUGAAUUGAGAGAAAAAAUUGAUAUCAAAUUUUAGAUGUCUUGCCCCCUAUUCAAAUUUCCCUGGUGCCACCCUGCUUUCUCAUUCAAGCUGGUUUCAAUUUCAAACAAACCUAAUUGAGUCAAAGCAGUGAUGGCUUCAGUUAUGAUGAACUUUCACUUUUGCUUGUUUAUAAAAUAUUAAGACAAAGAGUGGUUCUAAAUAAACACUGAAGUACCUGAUUAUAACUCAUAUAUUAUAUGACAUUCAUUUAUGGUUACCAAAUAAGGGGUGUGCUUGAGUAUGAUUGUAUGAUUUACAUAUGCUAUGAAAUAAAAUCUGCAAGACGAUUUAUGAAAAUGAAAGAGGGAGUAUUUUAUUGUAUAUAUAUAUGGAUAUCUUCCUGAUAUCGCCCCAUGUCUGCAUAUCUUCUUGAAGAUUAAGAUAUUACAUUGUUAUGUUGUGGUGAUGUACAUGCUGAAUUCUACUUUGAUUUAUGCAAUUUAAAAAUGCAUUUGAAUUAUCAAAACAUGAUUAAGAGUGAUUAUUAAAAAGGUAAAUAUCUACUUGAUAGAUACGAACCUAUGGCAAAGGUAAA